AUGGCAACACUAAGCUGUGGAAUUUAAUUUUUGUGUAAUGGCAAUGUUUUCUCUCUCUCUCGUCUCGGCUCCCACGAAUACACAAGUGUGUUAACUGAAGAUUGUGUUUUAAUCAAGAAACCCGCAGUAUCCAGCCCUAUCAUACACAAAUACGCGCGCGGCCGCGCCUCAUGGUCCUUCGAGAUAUUUAUGAAGAUCUGUGGGUUGACCAGAAACCACUUGGAAGAAACGCAAGUAUUCGCAAUUUGGGAAGCACAACAAGGACGCCAUUUUCGUUCAUUCGUCGUUUGGGUCGCAAUUCGCUCAGCAUCCAAUCAAGCAGCACGCAACAAAUCGCAACCAGGUGGCGCUGUAACCGCAAACCCGAUUCGUGCCGAUUGUGGUGUCGACCAUCGCCGAAGAAAGAAAAGGACGCAAAACUUGCAACGAGACCGAGUGCAAGCAGGACGGCAAGAACUUCGUGCAACACCUUCAAUCUCAGUUCAUUCGCCAAUUUUGCCAUUUCCGCCAUUUUGUGUUUCGCCCUUUUGUAAGCGGUUAGAUUAUUGUAAUUGACGCAACUAUUUUAAGUUAAGCAUAGUUAUAAGCGUGAAUUUGUGUGAGAAGUUUAUCCAUUGUGGUGAAAAGGAAGUUUAAACAUGGAGGAAGGAUUAAAACAGAAACUUGCUUCGCGAGGUUACCUAAAAGGUACGAUCACAAGAUUGCUACAAGUUUGUGAACAAGAUUUAUCUUCACAUUCAAUCGAAAUCUUAGAAGCAAAACGUGUCAGACUUGAAACAUCUUUCGCAGCGUACGAAAAGCUCAACCAAGAAAUAUUGUACUUGGAUGAAAAUGACAGCGAAAACGUCGAAAGAACUGAAAGCAACUAUUUCGCUAUUCUAACAAAGCUAGACUCAGAAAUUAAAAAAAAGAUGUCAACUUCCUCCAUGCAAGCCUCCAAGUCACCUCACCAUAAUAUAACUAAGUUACCGCCAAUUACAAUCCAAACUUUCAAUGAUAACUCAACGGCAAAGGCGUACCAACUUGGGCGCUGUAUGGAAAUGGAGCCCAAACUUGAAGAUUUCUUGCUAUUCAUCGAGAAGCAAGCAAUGGCGCUGGAGAAUACUGAGCAGGGUCACACUUCCAACAACAACAAGGUGGUGGUGACUCACAUGACUACAGCAGCAUGCGGAUACUGUGCUCAUACCGAGCCAAGGAGGGGCACCUCGCGAGCUGACGGCGUUGCCCACGCAAGCGCCUGAGUCUACUGGGUCUCUGGCUCGUGAGCAACAAAGCAGCAACUACUCGUCAACUGCCACAAAGGAUAAUUCAGCUAAGCUAUUCAUAACCAAUACCCACUUCGGAAACAUUAUUGCAGGUACUGUCUCUCCUUUUCAAUUACCUAAACAAUGCCACAAAGUUGUUCUCAAAUGUGAGUUAGGGUUGAGUGACACUAUUGCUAACUUUUGGAGUACUGAAAAGGUCCCAGAAGUAUAUCCUGAGCAUUCUUCUGAGCAUGAACAGUGUGAGCAAAUAUUUAAAGAGUCCGUUCAGUUGAAAGACAGUAGAUUUCAAGUUGCAUUACCUUUAAAGUUACCUUUACCUCAAAUUAAUGACGUCCUUGGCGAAUCUUUUCAUUUGGCUCUCAAACGGUUCUAUAAUUUAGAAAAAAGGCUACAUGCAAAUCCUGAGUUAUUCAUGCUAUACAAAAAUUUCAUUCAUGAAUACUUAGCACUAAAUCAUGGUCACUACAUAGACAUUGAAAGUUAUGAUUUGAUGAAACAACCUGUUUAUUUUCUGCCACAUCAUGCGGUAAUAAAUGACAAUAGUAAAACUACUAAACUCAGAACUGUGUUUGAUGGUUCUAUGAAGUCAAGCAAUAAAGUAUCAUUAAAUGACUUACUAUUAAAUGGGCCUGUAGUUCAAAGAGAAUUAUUUGACAUAAUAUUGUUAUUUCGAUUAGGUGAUUAUACUUUCACUGCUGAC